AUGUCAAUAAAUCAGCCCACUGCUAUUGAUCUUUCUCAAGGGAUUUCUUAUGCAAAUAUGUCUCCUCUCAAGACAAGGCAACCUAAUGACACUCUCGGAUAUGAGGAAGAUAAGGAAGAUAGCAGGAAGGAACACUUGAGGAAACCACUAUGGGAAAGUCCACACUCUUGCUGCAAUUAUAUAAGUGGUCCUUGGUGUCUCUCUGGAGAUUUUAAUGUCAUUAUGGAUGCCGAAGAAAAGAAGGUGGAAAUCCUCGAGGCAUGCAAGAGCUGGGAUUUCAUUGAUAGUAUGGAAGAAUGUGGUAUGAUGGAUGCAGGUUUCUCUGGCCCAAGAUUUACUUGGUGUAAUGCUAGAGAUAAAAGGCAUAGAAUCUGGAAAAGACUUGAUAGAGCUCUUAUCAAUCAAGAAUGGAUUGCUAAAUAUUCUAGAAUCAGUGUAGAACACCUAGCUAGCACAGGGUCAGAUCACACGCUAAUGCUAAUAUUAUCGAAAGAAGUUGGCAGGAUGAUAUACAAGGCAACAUCAUGUGUAAAACUGAAGCUCUUGAGUAAAAACCUCAGCAAAUGGUCUAGGGAACAAAUUGGUGAUAUUCAGAAACAUGUUAAGGAAUGGGAGAAUAAAAUGCAACAACUAGAAGAUCAAUACAUUGAUGACAACAGAGAUGAGGCUAGAGAAGAAAUGCAUAAGGCUCAAGCUACUUAUACUAAGUGGCUAAAGUGUGAGGACUCACUUCUCAGACAGAAGGCAAACAUAAAGUGGCUAGAUGAAGAAACGCCAAACACUUUGAGAAGUCACAAGGAAGAUGGGAGUCAUCACAUCCAUCCAAUACAUCAUAUUGAUUGCAUCACUCAAGAGGUUGCAGAAGAUCACAACGAGGCUCUUACAACCAUACCUACAAAAGAAGAAAUUAAAAAGGUUGUCUUUGACUUAAAUUCAAAUAGUGCUCCUGGUCCAGAUGGAUUCAAUGGAGAGAUUAUUCAUGGAAUAAGGAACAAGAAGGAAGGUGAAAAUGUUAUACUUAAACUAGAUAUGUCAAAGGCCUAUGAUAGGGUUAACUGGCAAUUCCUCAUGACUGUUUUAAGAAAGUUUGGUUUUUCUGACAAAUGGGUGGACCUUGUUUGGAGAUCUAUUUCUAAUAUUUGCCCUAAAACAAGUUCAGAGGAGAUUGCCAGGAUUAAAAAUGUUACAGGCUACAAGCAUAAGGAAUUUCCUUUUAUAUAUCUUGGAUGCCCUAUUUAUAUUGGUAGGAAGCUUAUAGCUACUUUCAAUGAUUCUGUCACAAAGGUGGUCAGGAAAAUAUCGGGCUGGCAGGGUAAAUUGCUAUCAGUUGGUGGCAAGGCAAUUUUGAUCAAGCAUGUACUGCAAUAUCAGCCAAUAUAUCUUCUAGCAGUAUUGAAACCUCCCAAUGAGAUUUUUCUCCAAAUAGAAAGAUAUAUGACAAGAUUUUUUUGGGGUUCAACUGAUGAAAAAAUGAAGCGCCACUGGAGUUCAUGGGCUAAGAUGUGUUAUCCAAUUGAAGAAGGCGGUUUGGGCUUUAAAAGACUUAAGGAUAUCAGUGAAGCUCUAGCAAUGAAGAGAUGGUGGAGGUUUAGAACUGAAAACACACUAUGGGCUGAAUUUUUGAAAAUCAAAUAUUCUAGACUUGCACACCCAAUAGACAGGAAGUGGAGAGCAGGUUUAUCCCAUUCGUGGCAAAGUAUUCUGGAAGUAAAGGAUAAAGUAGAGGAGCAAAUGCUUUGGAAAAUUAACUCAGGUUCAUCAAAUUUGUGGUGGGACAACUGGACAGGAUUGGGGGCUUUAGCCCACGUUAUCCUUCACAAUGACAUUGGCAGAAACCACAGGGUGAAUGAAAUCCUAGAAGAUGGCUUGUGGAACAUAGAACAACUACAUCUGCCAGAAUAUCUUGCUGAACUUAUUCUGGCUAUUCCUAUUGGAAACAUGAAUUUACUGGAUAAUCCUAUUUGGAUGCCUUCUCCAAUGGAAAAUUCUCAACUUCCUCUGCAUGGGAAUCAUCGACAAAAUGAAACUAUUCAUCAUAUUUUCCUAGAUGGUGAGCUGGCUAGGACUAUAUGGAAUUUCUUUGGCAUUCCUCUAGGAAUUCCAUGGGAACACAAUACCUUAAGGACUUUGUUGAUGAAAUGGUGGUCUGUCAAAGCAGAAAAUGGUCUGCACAAAGAUCUUCUCAAAGUAAUUCCUGUUGUCAUUUUCUGGGAAAUAUGGAAAUCAAGGUGCUCAAACAGAUAUGGAAAAUCAAAAAUCUCAAAGGUUAGGGUUAUUUACCAGGUAAGCUAUCAUAUCAGAUGGUUAGUCAGGUAA